AUGUCUCUUCCCAAACGGGAUGUGGAGGAGAUAAGGCCGUGGGUGGAGCGCACCGUGAAGAAGGUGCUUGGCUUCUCUGAACCAACUGUGGUCACUGUCGCGCUGCAGUGUGUCGGGAAGGGGCUGGAUAAAAGGAAAACAACAGACCAACUUCACCCUUUCCUAAACGAAUCGGCUGGAAGUUUUGUCGAGCGUCUUUUUGAAGCGCUGGAGGAGACCCGCGGUUCCCGUGGCAACAAAGGAAGUGGGGAAAAGACUCGCAAGAGAGAAAUAAAGGAGGUGUUUAGUGAUGAGACGGAAACGGGUGGUGGGAAAAAUGCCACGCCCAUCGCUGACGGUACGGUCACCAAACGCAAACGGGUACCUCGCUUUCAGGAGGUGGAAGAGCCUGAGGUCACUCCGGCACCGCCGUCGGACAGUCCAGGAAUGCUCAGCAAAAUGCAGAUCAAACAGAUGAUGGAGGAAGCCACAAAACAGAUAGAACAGCGCAGAAAACAACUAAACAUUCCAUCUCCUGCUCAGGCACAAAUGGAUUCCCCCAUGUCCCGCCUUCUUAGCCACGCUGGUAUGGGCGGGUCCAUCAUGCCCUCUCAGGCCGCCAGCUUCAUGAACGACGCUAUCGAGAAGGCUCGCAAGGUGGCUGAAGAACAGGCGCGCCUCCAGUCACAGAUGUCGGUGAAGCCCAACAUUCUCAGUGCGUUGGGAAACUCCAUACCUCAUAACUUUGUCGCACUGGCCAAUCUUCACGCCAUGGGAAUCGCCCCACCGAGAGUGGAAGUGAAAGAAGUGAAUAAGCCAACGCCACUUAUUCUGGAUGACAAGGGUAGGACAGUGGACGCCACAGGCAAAGAGAUUGAGCUCACACACCGCAUGCCCACCCUCAAAGCUAACAUUCGGGCGGUAAAGAGGGAGCAGUUCCGUCAGCAACUCAAAGAAAAGCCCGGUGAGGACCUAGAGUCCACAUCAUACUUUGACAAUCGUGUAACUGUACUUGCACCUCAGCGGGCUCGCAAGACCUUCAAGUUCCAUGAGCAGGGUCGAUUUGAGAAGAUCGCUCAGAGAAUUCGAACAAAGGCCCAGUUAGAGAGGUUACAGAAUGAGAUUUCCCAGGCUGCCAAGAAGACCGGAAUCCACGCCUCCACCAAGCUGGCUCUGAUCGCCCCAAGAAAAGACAUCGGGGACAGUGAGGUGCCAAACAUCGAGUGGUGGGACUCCUUCAUCUUACCUACCAACAUAGUGAUAAAACCAGAAACCAAUCUUGAUGAGAUAGUGCUUUUUGGAGUUACCAAUUUGGUGGAACAUCCUGCCCAGAUUAGCCCUCCAGUUGACAAAGACAAGCCAGUCACACUGGGUGUGUACUUGACCAAGAAAGAACAGAAGAAACUGAGAAGACAAACUCGACGCGAAGGCCAGAAAGAAGUACAGGAAAAGGUCCGUCUCGGACUGAUGCCCCCACCGGAGCCCAAAGUUCGUAUCUCCAACCUGAUGAGAGUGUUGGGGACUGAGGCGGUUCAAGACCCCACGAAGGUGGAAGCCCAUGUCAGAGCCCAGAUGGCCAAGCGACAAAAAGCCCACGAGGAAGCCAAUGCUGCACGAAAGCUCACAGCAGAGCAGCGCAAAGAAAAGAAGGUGAAGAAGUUGAAAGAAGAUCUCAGCACUGGGGUUCACAUUACAGUAUACAGGAUUCGUAACCUACAAAAUCCUGCAAAAAAGUUCAAAGUGGAAGCCAAUGCCAACCAGCUCUACCUGACUGGCACUGUCGUUUUGCAUAAAGAUGUCAACUUGGUCGUUGUGGAAGGAGGCCCCAAAUCCCAGAAGAAAUUUAAGAAGCUCAUGAUGCACAGAAUCAAAUGGGAAGAGCAUAACUCUAAGAGAGAUGAUCCAGAUGGCGAUGACGACACAAGGAGGAACAACAAGUGCUGGUUGAUUUGGGAGGGUACAGCUAAAGACCGCUCCUUUGGGGACAUUAAGUUCAAGCAAUGCCCCACAGAGAACAUGGCCAGGGAACAUUUCAAGAAGCACGGCACGGAACACUACUGGGAUCUGGCUCUUAGUAAGAGUGUUCUGGACAGUGCGGAUGACUGA